AUGCUCUACGCUCAAUGGUCGUGGAUGAGGAAUGAGAUGAAUCCAAUCUGGUUCCACGUCCACGUGGACACCAAGUUUAGUUUGAACUGCGACUGGUUGUCACGAACAAACGACAUUAAGAAAGCCGCACAGCAACUGGGGAUUAAUCUCCAGGAGAAAGUAGCAGAUAACAUAGACACGACAAGAUUCAAAGACUUUGACAUCAACGCACAGAAAGAAUCAACAUUGAAAGAGUACUUCAACUCCGUGUCGCUGUCGGACUGGAGCAUGGCUACUGCAUCUCUCUCAAUUCCGGCCCACGAGACGUUUGAAGAACAACAGAGCACCAUUGUCAGCACUGAGGAACGCGUCGACGAUGGAAUUGACUAUGAAAUUGACGAUGAAAUUGACGAUGGAAUUGACGAUGGAAUUGACGAUGGAGUUCAUGAUGACAAUUUUGAUGAAAUUUCGAAUUGGAUUGAAACAACGAACCCCCUACCUGAAAUUGAGCCAAGUUUUGAGAGUCUCGUUUUGGGUAACCCAAAAUUAUGCUUAUGGUGUCACCACGAAGGGCUUUUUGAUGCAGAAGAUGAAUGUCAUCAAUCUGCCUAUGUGGAAGUCAACAUGGCAGUCGAUAUGGCAGUCGAUAUGGAGGUUGAUACGGAAGUCGAUAAUGGCCAGAACAAUCGGUUUCCCGGUGUUUGCGAAGCGGCUGAUAUACCACCUCUCCUGUUCAGGUGGUCGAAUAUUGAUUCACAAGGAAUCAAUUCAAGGGCCAGGCUCCGUGCAGGACUUUUCGUCAAUAAUGACAUGAACGUUGAUUUGGAUGGACUGACACAGGAAAAAUAUCUCGAAUAUUUUACCAAUCACGUAACGAGAGCAAGAUUGUUCUCACCUUUCAUUUCGUCAUGCACCGGACCUAUCAUGCCCAUCCACAGGUCUCUUAGAAACCAACGAGGAGCGAAGGUAAUAAUCAUCGACACCGCCAAGCUGAACACCAUGGUUGUCAAAGCCCAGACUCUGGUACCAUUGACGGAGACUCGGACGCCACGUUGGCGUGGGUACGGAGAGUACCUUAUUUGGCGAGAAAUCCCCGAGGCAGCAGUAAUCUGCGAAUUCGCUAUAACUCGACUGGAACAGAUCGCUGAGGACGCCCCGGACAUAAAGGACUUUCUACAGCUGGAGCUCAUAAAGAGCCAGAAAUUCUGUAGCUCAGAAUUAUACAUCCAGCUCGCUUGCAAGUUAGAGACUUGCAAGUAUGACUUUCUGACCCUGGAGAGACUAACAAUUCACCUCAACGUGCCAGUAGAGUGGCGGGGGCCUGUUGCACAGACGUUCAAGGAAGCCUGGACAAGAAACUUUGGGGGCUCUCGUGAUUUCGAGAUCGACCAAGAUAGGGAUGAUGAUAAGACGACAGCGGUUGACGUCUAUUACAACAACAAGAGAGACAGUAAAUCUGAUGCCUCUGGUACAGCAUACGCCCCCUCAGAAACCAACCUUGACCACAGCUCCGAGAGCGAGGAGUCGCAACAGGAUACUGGUUCGGCUUCACCUGAAGCCCAUGCCCGACGUCGCGAUACGUCUAGCCCACCAUUCUCCACCCAGGACUCCAUUGAUGACGAUGAGCCCUGGCGGUUCAACUGGGUGGAUGAGGAUGAAGAUCCAAUUCCAGAAGGAGGAGGACCACAAAGUGUUCAUUUAUUCACGCCUUCAACCCAUCGGCGUGAGCAACAGGAAACAUCCUUCUCGAUAGCACCUAUUCCGAUCGAUUUCGAGAGUGAGGCUAGUUGGCCACCGCUGGACUACUAUGCUUGA